AUGGCGACCACCAAUUUGCCUGACCGGCUCGCGAUGAGGCAAUACCGACCUGCCCGAACCAGCGACUUGCCCCCACCCAGUCUCCAACCUCGCAUGGCGCUAGACAUGGCACUACAAUAUGCUCCGAAUGCCCUGAAGCCACCUAUCCCGACGGCUGUAGUGGCUUACCGUGACAGACACCACCACCAGCCCCCCACUGUACCUCUCGGUCUAGUGGCGCCCAUGUCUCGUUUCCCCAGCUUCUUCCCCUCCACAAAUCGUCACAAGGUCCUUAUUAUGCCCAUCUCUUCUUCCUCUUCUUCUUCCUUGUCUUUUCUUUUUCCAACCUUCCUCCUUUGGUUUCUCAAGGCCGGCAUCCUGAUUCCAAACGCAGCUUUCACUACAGCGCUACCCGCCGACUGCCCGCGCCAUUCUACUGUUGCCGGCCUUUCUCAUCCGCUUCCGCCACGACUUCGUCGCUUCUCCAACCGAUCCGCUCCUCCUGCACCCGGCCACGAUUUCCAAGUCGAUACUAUGGGUGGCGGCCACGAUCACAAGAGCAGGGGUGCCUACCCCGUCUACGCCGACAAGCCCGUCGGCGUGGCCAAGACGAGCAUUCUCCAGGGUCGCAUCGAGCCCUUCUACAAACCUGGCCAAUAUGAAAAGGUCAAUUUGUUGGCAAACAUGUACAAUGCCCGGUACUCGGGCGAGCCCAACAUCAAGCUCGCCGUUUGGGCUGCUCCCGGCCAGGACCGUCCCUCAUUCCAGGAGGCCGUUUCACACGAGUUCAAGAAAGCUCAUAUUGGUGACGCUUUUGGACCCUCAUGGACUACCCACUGGUUUCACGUCACAAUCACGAUCCCCAAGGACCUCGUUGACGAGGAGUUUGUCAUUCUCGAAUGGGAUGCCAACAAUGAGGGCAUGGUCUGGACCGACGACGGCAUGCCCCUACAAGGCCUCACUGGAAACGGUGACCGCAUCGAGUGGGUUAUUCCCGACCAUUUCCGCGACGGCAAAGAACAUGUCAUUUACAUUGAGAUGGCCUGCAACGGUAUGUUUGGCAAUGCUCCCGACGGCACCACCGACAACACCCCUCCCGAUCCCAACAGAUAUUUUCACAUCUCCAAGGCGAGUAUUGCCGCCGUCAACUACCAGGCCCGCAUGCUUCUCUUUGACAUCUGGCAGAUCGGCGAUGCGGCCCGCGAGCUUCCCGAGGACUCGGCCGAGCAGAACAAGGCCUUGGCUGUCGCCAUGAGGAUUAUUGACACUUUUCAGGUCGACAACCAAGACUCUAUUCUCAGGUGCCGCAAAAUUGCCCAAGAGAUUAUUGGUCCCGACGUCGACUCUCACCGUGUUUACGAGGUGGGCAAGGACCCUACCGUCUUCGGCAUCGGCCACUGCCACAUUGACAGCUGCUGGCUCUGGACCUUUGACGAGACCAAGCGCAAGGUCGCCCGCUCUUGGUCUAGCCAGUGUGAUCUCAUGGACCGCUACCCCGAAGCCCACUUUGCCUGUUCCCAAGCUCAGCAGUACAAGUGGCUCAAGACGCUCUAUCCUCGUGCCUUCGAGCGCGUCAAGGCCAAGGUCAGAGAGGGCCAAUUCCAUCCCAUUGGUGGUAGCUGGGUUGAGCACGACACCAACAUGCCCAGCGGCGAGUCACUUGUUCGUCAGUUCUUUUACGGCCAACGCUUCUUUGAAGCCGAGUUUGGCUCCCGUAGCCGCACCUUUUGGCUCCCCGACACCUUUGGCUACUCCAGCCAGCUGCCUCAGCUUUGCCGUCUUGCCGGCAUGGACCGCUUCAUGACCCAGAAGCUGAGCUGGAAUAACAUCAACAACUUCCCUCACACCACCUUCAUGUGGGUCAGCCCAGAUGGCAGCCAAGUCAUUUGUCACAUGCCUCCCUCUGAGACGUACACCUCCGAGGCCACCUUGGGCGAUAUUCGCAAGAGUAUCACCAACCACAAGACGAUGCGUACCGACAGCUCUUCACUUCUCGUCUUCGGCAAGGGUGACGGUGGUGGCGGUCCCACAUGGCAACACCUCGAAAAGCUGCGUCGCUGCGCCGGCAUCAGCAACACAAUCGGUGGUAUCCCCAAGCUCAAGCUUGGUCUCUCGGUCGACGACUUCUUUGACCGUCUGACGUCAAAGGCCAACGCCUUCCCGACCUGGUACGGCGAAUUAUACUUUGAGCUCCAUCGCGGCACCUACACCACCCAGGCCAACAACAAGUACUACAACAGAAAGGCCGAGGUCAUGCUCCGCGACAUUGAGCAGCUCGCUACGAUUGCUUCUAUCAAGAACAAGUCGUAUAAGUAUCCAACCGAGGAUAUCGAUAACAUGUGGGAGACUGUCCUGCUCUGCCAGUUCCACGACUGUCUUCCAGGCAGCUCCAUUGAGAUGUGCUACGACGACACCGACAAGCUCUACGCCCAAGUUUUCAAGACUGGACACACCCUCUUGAAGGAGGUUUACCAGAGCUGGAACGCAUCAGACAAUCGCGCAUCCUCUGUUCAUGAAUCCGUUGUUCUCAACACUCUGCCCUGGCAUCGUAAGGAAAUUGUCGAGAUCUCAGAGACGGAAGUGGGGGUCGCGUGCGGGGAUGGACAGUUGCUUGCCGUGCGUUCCUUCAAGACUCAGGGAACCGAGCCUGCCGUGACCCUGCGCCAAGUCACCAAGGAUCAGUUUGUUCUCCAGAAUGAGCACUUCCGGGUUGAGGUCGAGGGCGGCUGUAUCACAUCUCUCCAUGAUCGUCUCAACGACCGUGAGAUUGUCGAAAAGGGCGCCAAGGCCAACCAGUUUGUCAUCUUUGAUGAUAUCCCCAUCUACUGGGAGGCUUGGGACGUCGAGGUCUACCACCUCAACACGAGGAAAAACUUGCAGUAUGGCGAGACUCGCAUUCACGAAGUCAAGCCUCACCGGGUGACGCUUGUGACGGAUAUUCAAAUUAGCAAGCACAGCUUCAUGAAGGCCUACAUUAGCCUGUCUGCUGCGCUCAAAGGCCAGUCGUCAUGGAUUGAAUGCUCGGCAGAGGUCGACUGGCACGAAAGCUCCAAGUUCCUUAAAGUCGAGUUCCCUGUCAAUAUUGUCAACAACGAAGCCUCGUACGAGACGGCGUACAGUAUCACAAAGCGCCCCACUCACUACAACACGAGCUGGGACAUGGCCAAGUUUGAGGUGUGCUGCCACAGGUUUGCUGACCUGUCGGAGCACAACUACGGUGUCUCCAUUCUCAAUGACAGCAAGUACGGCUUCGCCACAGCUGGCAAAGUGAUGCGUCUUUCCCUCCUCCGCUCGCCCAAGUCGCCUGAUGAGCACGCCGACAUGGGCAAGCACACAAUUCGCUGGGCCAUCCUUCCCCACAAGGGUGGACUCUCCUCGGCCACUGUCCGAGCUGGCUAUGCUUUCAACACGCCUCUCAAGGUUCUCUCGGCACCCAAGGCCAUCAUUGACAACCUCGGCAGCGCGCCAAUCAGACUGGUUAAUGUCGAUGACGCGGCCACGACGACGAGGACGUGA